AUCGCACGAGAUAGAAUCCAUAAAAGGUCCAAGAGUGGAGCUCGACGUGAGCGCAACAGAAAGAAGAGGAAGUUCGAAAUGGGGCGUCCGGCUGCGAUGACAAAGUUGGGCCCGAAGCGUGUCCAUACUGUCCGUGUUCGUGGAGGAAAUUUCAAAUUCAGAGCUAUGCGCUUAGAUCAAGGGAACUUCAGCUGGCCAUCACAAGCAAUCUCCCGGAAAACUCGCAUCAUUGAUGUUGUUUAUAAUGCCUCUAAUAAUGAAUUAGUUCGCACAAAAACCUUGGUUAAGAAUGCCAUUGUCCAGAUUGAUAGUGCACCUUUUCGCCAGUGGUUUGAAGCUCACUACCUCAAAGAACUUGGCCGUCGGAAAGCCCCAACCGGCAAGGCUUCUCAGGCUGCCACAGCCGAAAGUGCAGAAGAGGACGUUUUGCAGAAACAACGCAGCAAAUCUGCAAUGAAAAAGUACGAGGCGCGACAAGCCCUUCCCCAAGCCAAUGUCGAAGAAGCGCUGAAAGAUCAGUUUAUUUCCGGAAGGCUACUAGCUUGCAUAUCCUCGAGGCCGGGACAAGUCGGUCGAGCAGAUGGAUACAUUCUCGAGGGCAAGGAGUUGGAGUUCUAUUCAAAGAAACUGAAGGCAAAGAAAUCUAAGUGA